AUGCGCAAACAACCAGAUUCCGGUUCCGACGAUGAAUACCAUCCGGUAUCGACGCCCAAGAGGCAGAGAACUAUGGCAAAUGGUUCCGUCUCCGUGAAUAACAAUAUCAUUGGCAAUGACUCCCCCGAAGCGAGUCCGACGAAACGAACGCCGCGAAAAUCCAUCGCCGCGACUCCGGCCGCCCUGAAAGAAUCGGGACUAAAGACUCCUACGCAGCGAGCAAAGGCAAAAGCCCUUUUUACGACUCCUACCAAACCCACGGUUGUGUCGACGCCUACGCGAGCACGGAAUGCAGAUCGGUCUGCUAAGAAGAAGAGCGCGCGGUUACUGCUCGAGCAGGAUGACGAGGAGGUGUGGGAUGGUGCUGAUCGGUUAGCAGAGGAGAUAUUGGAGGAUGAGCAUACUGCCCCGGAUGUCACCACUGUAGAUGGCGACAAAGAUGUGAAGGAGUCUGUGGAGGCGUCAGCAGAACCAACAGAAAAGCCAGCACAAACGCCCAAACGCCGCGCAGGGCGACCAAAGGGCGCGAGAAACAAACGUUCCCCGACACCUGAGGGAGAGCUUCCGCCACAUGAACGAUAUUUCUUCCAGAACCGGGCGGGUCCGACACAUACGUCGAAUAAUACAUUGAAUAAGGUGUCGCUGUUAACGCAUGAAGAGUACUUUGAUACAUUGGCGCGAUAUACGGAUCCGUGUAACAGGGAGAAGGAGUUCCUGCUGGACUUGCAUCAUCGGUCGUUCCCGCAGUGGGAUUUCGAAUUUGACCAGGGAUUCAAUAUAUGUCUCUAUGGGUUUGGGUCCAAACGGAGGCUUUUGCAGUCUUUCGCGGAUUGGCUUUAUCAGAAACAUAGUCCUGCAUCGCCGUCGAUUGUGAUUGUCAACGGACAUACGCCUAAUAUCUCCAUUCGUUCGAUCUUUGCUACGAUUGCCACAGCCGUUCUUGGUGCAGAUCUCCCGUCGAAACUGGGUUCACAACCAGUCGAAGUCUUGGAGUUGCUGCAGUCCGUCCUCAAGUCACGACCAUACCAAGAGCCCAUUACAGUCCUGAUCAACUCGAUUGAUGCGCCUCCGCUCAGACGAGCAGUGAACCAAGCCCUGCUUUCUCGAUUGGCCGCAACACCUAUGAUCCGUUUACUUGCGACAGCAGAUACACCAAACUUCCUUCUGAUGUGGGACAUCAACUUCCGCGAUCAAUACAACUUUGUUUUCCAUGAUUGCACCACAUUCUCCCCCUUCGAUGCAGAGUUUGACAUUGUCGAAGAAGUCCACGGCCUCUUGGGCCGCAAGGGCCGCCGCAUCGGAGGAAAAGAAGGUGUUGGGUUUGUGCUCAAGAGUCUUCCAGAGAAUGCGCAGAACUUGUACCGCCUUCUCCUCACCGAGUUAAUAACAAUGCUGGACGAAGGACACAACUCAGACGACGAAGACGGCGGCCAAGGACAAGGAGAAAAUAAUGCCCACGACGAAACAGGCAUUGAAUUCCGCAUGCUGUACCAAAAAGCAACAGAGGAAUUCAUCGCUUCGUCGGAGAUGAUGUUCCGGACGCUGCUGAAGGAAUUUCAUGAUCACCAGAUGAUCACGUCGCGGAUGGACGCGAGUGGGAUGGAGAUAUUGGGGGUUCCUCUUUCGAGAGAGGAAAUGGAGGGUGUUCUGGAGGAUUUGGUGUUGAGCUGA